UUCGUUGGUCCUAUAUAAGCUUUCCUCUCCAGUCAAUGUUCUUCUUCCCUCCCGCCGAAACCUCUGUAACUCCUUCGCUGAAAGCCCUAGAAAUCAGUUCUCAUGGCGCCUAAGAAGGAUAAGGCUCCCCCGCCGUCCUCCAAGCCCGCUAAAUCUGGUGGAGGAAAGCAGAAGAAGAAGAAAUGGAGCAAGGGCAAGCAAAAGGAGAAGGUGAACAACAUGGUUUUGUUUGAUCAGGGAACCUAUGAUAAGCUUCUUUCUGAAGUUCCCAAGUACAAGCUAAUCACUCCUUCAAUCCUUUCUGAUAGGAUGAGGAUCAACGGUUCACUUGCCCGAAGAGCAAUCAAGGAUUUGAUGGCUCGAGGUUCCAUCAGAAUGAUCUCGGCUCAUUCUAGUCAGGAGAUAUACACCAGAGCAACCAACACCUAAACAUAAUUGAUCUCACUCGUGCCCGGAAGGGUAUAUAGAUGUGUAGCUGCCUUUGCAUUUUUGCAAUUCCAAAUUUUGUUCAGCGAAGAGAUUAGAUUUUGGUUUGUUAAAAUGGCUAGAUGAUCUCGAAAUGUGACGUUUUAAUUCGUUUUAGUGUUAUUCUGCCUUUGAAUCCAGGAUCCUCAUUGAGUCACUUGGUUCUUA